UUAGUUGUUCUGUGCCACACCCGUGCGGCCAUUUUGGCCUAGCAAGUGCGAAGGUAGGAUAAGUUAAAAGGGCAUUUGAAGAACUAGUUUAAUAAUGGAUCAGCAAAUCACACCAAAGGAGGUAAAGAUACUUGAAAAUCCUGAAGAUAUUCAGGAAAGAAGAGAACAAGUACUGGGUCGUUAUGCUAAUUUUAAAGCCGAAGCUCGAAAUAAGAGAGAUAAACUCGAAGAUUCUCGUCGUUUCCAGUAUUUUAAAAGAGAUGCAGAUGAACUUGAAGGUUGGAUCUAUGAGAAACUGCAAGCUGCUUCAGACGAAAGUUAUAAAGAUCCGACAAACCUCCAAGCAAAAAUUCAAAAACAUCAAGCUUUUGAAGCAGAAGUGGCAGCUCAUUCUAAUGCAAUUGUUCUGUUAGAUAAUACUGGAACAGAAAUGGUCGCUCAACAGCAUUUUGCUCAUGAUAUAAUUCGUAAAAGACUUGAGGAAUUACAUCGCCUUUGGGAACUACUUCUUUCACGAUUAGCUGAUAAAGGUUUGAAACUUCAACAAGCCUUGGUUCUAGUACAGUUCAUUCGUCAUUGUGAUGAAGUAAUGUUUUGGAUUCAUGAUAAGGAAGCAUUUGUAACAACAGAUGAAUUUGGCCAGGACUUAGAGCACGUAGAGGUGUUGCAAAGAAAAUUUGAUGAGUUCCAAAAGGAUAUGACAAGUCAAGAAUAUCGUGUGACAGAGGUAAAUGAACUUGCAGACAAAUUACUACUUGAUGGACAUCCGGAACGUGACACAAUUUUACGACGUAAAGAAGAACUCAAUGAAUCUUGGCAGCGUCUCAAACAAUUGGCCAUUCUUCGUCAGGAAAAACUUUUUGGCGCUCACGAAAUUCAACGAUUUAAUCGCGAUGCCGAUGAAACUAUGGCGUGGAUUGCUGAAAAGGAUGCUGUUCUCUCAUCCGAUGACUUCGGUCGCGACCUUGCAAGUGUGCAAUUAUUACAGCGUACUCAUGAGAAUGUCGAGCGCGAUCUUGCUGCUCUUGAGGAUAAAGUAGCGACUUUAGGAGCUGAAGCUGAUAGACUUGCAGGUGUUCAACAGCCUGAACACGCUCAACAGAUUCAAACUAAACGUGCCGAAAUUCUUCAGUCUUGGGAGGGUCUUACUUUGAAGGCCAAAGAGCGUCGCCAAAAACUUGACGAGUCACACAGUUUACAUCGCUUUCUUGCAGACUAUAGGGAUCUCGUUUCAUGGACUAACGACAUGCGUGCCAUUAUUUCGGCUGACGAACUUGCUAAGGAUGUAGCUGGAGCCGAAGCUCUUCUGGAGCGUCACCAAGAACACCGCGGUGAAAUAGAUGCACGUGCAGAUAGCUUUGAGGCUAGUACUCUCGCUGGUGGACGUCUUCUCGAGCGUCAACACUAUGCUGCCGAGGAAGUUGCUCGUAAGCUUGAAGCUUUGAGCGCUGAACGUAGUGCUCUUCUCGAACUGUGGGAACAACGACGAGUUCUCUAUGAGCAAUGCAUGGAUUUACAAUUGUUCUAUCGGGAUACCGAACAAGCAGAUGCUUGGAUGGCCAAACAGGAAGCUUUUCUUGCUAACGAGGAUCUUGGUGACUCACUUGAUGGGGUUGAGGCUCUUGCUAAGAAGCAUGAAGAUUUUGAUAAGUCUCUCGCUGCUCAAGAGGAAAAAAUUCGUGCUCUUGACGAGUUUGCGGGUAAACUCGUUGAAGGGGGGCAUUACGCAGCUGAUGAAGUAUCCCAACGUCGCUCUCGACUCCUUGAACGUCGCGCUUCUUUAUUAGAGCGCUCGGCGCGUCGACGACGGGCUCUCGAGGAUGCUUAUCGGUUACAACAAUUCGAACGUGAUUGUGACGAAACAGCUGGUUGGGCUCAUGAGAAGCUGAAAUUCGCAACGGAUGACAGCUAUCUUGAUCCCACAAAUCUUAAUGGAAAAUUACAAAAACACCAGAAUUUUGAACAGGAGUUGGUAGCUAAUCGAGCACGCAUGGAAGAACUCGUAGCUCAAGGUGACGCAUUACGCGCAGCCGAGCAUUAUGCAGCUGACCGUGUCGCUGAACGUAUUGAUGAAACAGCAGCACUAUGGUCAGAAUUAGGAAGAGCAAGUGAACGAAAAGCUGCGAAACUUCAGGAAGCGGCGCAACAGCAACAGUUUAAUCGUACGGUUGAGGACUUGGAGUUAUGGCUGUCAGAGCUUGAAGGUCAAUUGUUAAGUGAGGAUUUGGGAAAGGACUUAACAAGUGUACAGAAUUUGCUUAAGCGACAAGCCUUACUCGAAGCAGAUGUAGCUUCUCAUCAGGAACGCAUUGAAGCAGUAGCUCGAGCUGCAGAACGUUUCGUUGCCGGAGGACAUUUUGACGCGGAUAAUAUCAGAACGAAGCAAGAGCAAUUAGCCAGUCGAUAUGCAGCACUGACUGAGCCGACAUUUGCCCGCCGUCAGCGUUUGCGUGACUCGUUACGUGCCCAGCAGCUAUUUCGUGACCUCGAAGAUGAAGAAGCUUGGAUACGAGAAAAGGAGCCAGUAGCAGGAAGUGCAAGUCGUGGUCGCGAUCUUAUAGGCGUGCAGAACCUUAUGAAGAAACAGCAGGCUGCUUUAGCAGAGAUCAGUAAUCGAGAAGCACGGCUGGCGGCAGUUCGCGCAGCGGCUGAAGCGAUGCUCGUCGAGGGUCAUUUUGCUGCUGAGGAGAUCAGUCAGCGGCUUUCUGGCCUUGAGGAACGUUGGGCGCAGUUGAAGGGACGUGCACGUCGCCGACGCGCAGAUUUAGAAGACUCAUUACAAGCGCAGCAGUAUUUCGCCGAUGCAAAUGAGGCCGAAUCUUGGAUGAAAGAGAAGCGACCAAUUGUCGUAGGUGCAGAUUACGGUAAAGACGAAGACAGUAGCGAAGCCCUACUUAAAAAACAUGAGGCUCUACUCAGCGAUCUGGAAGCCUUUGCUAGUACAAUUGGGGCAUUGGCGGCCCAAGCAGCAGCCUGUCCCCAACAAGAAACUCCCGCGCUUGAAGCAGCUGGCAAGGAAUGUGUACUCGCACUUUACGACUACGCAGAGAAAUCACCACGAGAAGUUUCAAUGAAGAAAGGAGACAGCCUUGCUCUUCUCAACAGCAGUAACAAGGAUUGGUGGAAAGUCGAAGUAAACGAUCGUCAGGGCUUCGUACCAGCGGCAUACGUUAAGCGAGUUGAACUAGAAACGGGCUUAGGGGCUUCACAACAGAGUUUGACACGUGAGCAGGGCUCGAUUGGAGCCCGUCAAGCACAGAUCGAGGCGCAAUACAGUGAAUUGUUGCGUGUAGCACGCGAACGCCAGGAGCGACUUAGCGAAACAGCCAAAGCCUAUGUAUUAGUACGCGAAGCUGCUGAACUUGCAGCCUGGAUCAAAGAUAAAGAGAAUCAUGCUCAAGUUCAAGAUGUAGGUGAGGAUCUUGAGCAGGUUGAAGUCAUGCAAAAAAAAUUUGAUGACUUUCGUGCAGAUUUGAAAGCGAAUGAGGUGCGCCUUGCGGAGAUGAACGAGAUCGCGGUACAGUUGGUAAGCCUCGGACAAACAGAGGCCGCUCUUAAAAUUCAGACGCAAAUACAAGAAUUGAAUGAUAAAUGGACAGGUCUUCAAACGCUUACAGCGGAGCGGGCGAGUCAACUAGGCUCAGCCCAUGAGGUACAACGCUUUCAUCGAGAUGUAGAUGAAACUAAGGACUGGAUACGAGAAAAGGACGCGGCUCUUAAUAAUGAUGACUUAGGCAAGGAUUUACGAAGCGUACAAGCGUUACAACGCAAGCAUGAGGGUCUGGAACGUGACUUGGCGGCUCUAGGGGAUAAAAUUAAGCAACUCGAUGAAACGGCUAAUCGGUUAAUGCAAUCACAUCCAGAUACAGCUGAGCAGACGUAUGCAAAGCAAAAAGAAAUCAAUGAGGAGUGGACGCAGCUCACCGCUAAGGCCAAUUCACGCAAAGAGAAACUUCUUGAUUCGUACGAUUUACAACGUUACCUUAGCGACUAUCGAGACCUUAUGUCCUGGAUUAAUUCAAUGGUGGGUCUAGUUGCAUCCGAGGAACUCGCCAGUGAUGUUACGGGCGCUGAAGCACUACUUGAACGUCAUCAGGAACACAGGAUGGAAAUUGACGCGCGAACUGGAACCUUUCAGGCUUUUGAACUUUUUGGACAACAACUCCUUCAGUCCAACCAUUAUGCCAGUGUUGAAAUUCAGGAAAAACUCGAAUCAAUGAGUGAAGCUCGUCAAGAAUUAGAAAAAGCUUGGAUCCAGCGACGCAUGCAACUCGACCAGAAUCUUGAGCUACAACUUUUCUGUCGUGAUUGUGAGCAAGCUGAAAACUGGAUGUCAGCCCGAGAAGCCUUUCUUGGUACCAGUGGUGCUGAGGCCUUGGAGGGCGAUGGUCCCGAUAAUGUUGAAGCUCUCAUUAAGAAGCACGAAGAUUUUGAUAAAGCUAUUAAUGGCCACGAAGAGAAAAUUGGUGCCCUACAAACUCUGGCUGAUCAAUUGAUCGCUGCUGAACACUAUGCCGCCCGACCUAUUGACGAACGCCGUUGUCAAGUUCUCGAACGCUGGCGACAUUUAAAAGAGGCUCUCAUUGAAAAGCGCUCACGGCUUGGUGAGUCUCAAACGCUGCAGCAAUUUUCGCGCGAUGCUGAUGAGAUGGAGAACUGGAUUGCUGAGAAAUUGCAGCUUGCAACCGAAGAGAGUUAUAAGGAUCCAGCUAAUAUUCAAUCAAAGCAUCAAAAGCACCAGGCGUUUGAAGCCGAACUUGCAGCUAAUGCUGAUCGCAUUCAAUCAGUUCUCGCUAUGGGCGGUAAUCUCAUCGAUAAACAUCAAUGUGCUGGUUCAGAAGAAGCUGUUCAACGACGCCUGGCGUCAAUUGCCGAUCAAUGGGAGUACUUGACACAUAAGACUAGCGAAAAAUCAAUGAAACUAAAGGAGGCUAAUAAACAGCGCACUUACAUAGCGGCUGUUAAGGACCUUGAUUUCUGGCUUGGUGAACUGGAAAGCCUAUUAAGUUCUGAGGAUGCUGGUAAGGAUCUCGCAUCAGUGCAAAAUCUCAUGAAAAAACAGCAACUUGUUGAAGCAGAUAUCGCUGCCCAUGAAGAACGAAUACGUGAUAUGAAUGCUCAAGCUGAUUCGCUUAUUGACAGUGGUCAAUUUGAAGCAUCGGGUAUCCAAGAGCGACGACGUAGUAUAAACGAGCGUUACGAACGUGUUCGCAAUCUCGCGGCUCAUCGUCGUGCACGACUCGCCGAAGCCAACACUUUACAUCAAUUUUUCCGUGACAUUGCGGAUGAAGAAUCUUGGAUAAAAGAAAAAAAACUGCUAGUUGGUUCUGACGACUAUGGACGUGAUCUUACAGGUGUACAGAACUUGAAAAAGAAACAUAAACGCUUAGAGGCAGAGCUUGCAAGCCACGAACCUGCAAUUCAAGCUGUCCAAGAAGCUGGUGAAAAACUUAUGGAUGUUUCGAACCUUGGUGUUCCUGAAAUCGAGCAACGACUUCAAUUACUUGGUCAAGCCUGGGCCGAGCUCAAGCAGCUGGCAGCUACUCGUGGACGACGACUCGAUGAGUCCCUCGCAUAUCAGCAAUUCCUGGCGGAGGUAGAAGAAGAAGAAGCGUGGGUCGCGGAGAAACAACAAUUACUAUCUCUCGAAGAUUACGGUGACACAAUGGCUGCAGUUCAAGGUCUUUUGAAAAAGCAUGAAGCCUUUGAGGCAGAUUUGGCUGCACAUGGCGAGCGCUGCCGCGAAGUGCGAGCCGCAGCCGAGGGUCUAUUAGCUGCAGGUAAUCAUCGUGCUGAAGCCAUUAGUCAACGAGGUCAGCAGCUAGCGACACGACUUGAUCAGCUUGGGACUUUAGCUGCAAGGCGCAAAACUCGGCUCGCCGAUAAUUCAGCUUAUUUACAAUUUAUGUGGAAAGCGGACGUUGUUGAGUCAUGGAUCGCAGAUAAAGAAACGCAUGUACGCUCAGAGGAAUUUGGUCGAGAUCUAUCUAGUGUUCAAACUCUUAUAACGAAACAGGAAACUUUUGAUGCUGGUCUGCAUGCCUUUGAGCACGAGGGCAUCCAAAAUAUCACAGCUUUAAAAGAAAUGCUUUUGGAAGCAGGUCACGAACAAGGUCCUGCAAUUCGUAAGCGUCACGCAGACGUAAUUGCGCGCUGGCAGAAACUUCUUGCAGAUUCCCAAGCACGCAAACAACGUUUAUUGCAAAUGCAAGAUCAGUUUCGUCAAAUUGAGGAGCUUUAUUUGACGUUUGCUAAAAAAGCGUCAGCCUUUAAUUCGUGGUUCGAAAAUGCAGAAGAAGAUCUUACAGAUCCAGUACGUUGUAACAGCAUCGAAGAAAUUCGAGCCCUACGGGAGGCGCACGCCCAAUUCCAGGCAAGCCUCUCAUCAGCUGAAGCUGACUUUCAGGCACUGGGCGCCCUUGAUCGACAAAUCAAAGGCUUCAAUGUUGGUCCCAAUCCGUACACUUGGUUUACCAUGGAAGCCCUUGAGGAUACUUGGCGUAAUUUACAAAAGAUUAUCAAAGAACGUGAUGUCGAGUUAGCAAAAGAGGCUCAACGUCAAGAAGAGAACGACAAAUUACGUAAAGAAUUUGCGAAACAUGCCAACGCCUUCCACCAGUGGCUUGCAGAUACACGAACUUCUAUGAUGGAAGGUUCAGGUUCACUUGAGCAACAGCUUGAGGCCACCAAAAGAAAGACACAAGAAGUCCGAGCGCGCCGACAGGACCUAAAAAAAAUUGAAGACUUGGGCGCUAUAUUAGAGGAACACCUCAUUCUUGACAAUCGCUACACGGAGCACAGUACGGUAGGCCUCGCUCAACAGUGGGAUCAACUCGAUCAGCUAGGUAUGCGCAUGCAACACAACCUCGAGCAGCAAAUUCAAGCACGAAACCAGUCCGGUGUCUCAGAGGGUGCUCUCAAAGAAUUCUCAAUGAUGUUCAAACAUUAUGAUAAAGAUAAAAGUGGACGUCUCAACCAUCAAGAGUUCAAGUCCUGUCUACGAGCUUUGGGCUAUGAUUUACCUAUGAUGGAAGAAGGACAACCCGAUCCAGAAUUCGAAAAUAUUCUUGAUAUUGUUGAUCCAAACAGAGAUGGAUUCGUGUCUUUGCAAGAUCAUAUGGCCUUCAUGAUUAGCAAAGAGACCGAAAAUGUUCAAAGUUCGCAGGAAAUCGAAAAUGCUUUCCGAGCUAUCACAGCUGCAGAUCGUCCUUAUGUCACGAAAGAGGAAUUAUAUGCUAAUCUUACAAAGGAAAUGGCAGACUAUUGUGUGGCAAGAAUGAAAGCGUAUAUUGAUCCUAAAACAGAAAGACCCAUCACCGGUGCUUUAGAUUACAUAGAAUUUACGCACACAUUGUUCCAGAAUUAAUUUAUCUUGACUAUGGCAUAUUUUUUAAAGAAUGUAUUAAUUAAAAAUAUAUUGCUUAAUUCA